AUGUGCUACUAUGGCAACUAUUAUGGCGGCCUGGGCUACGGCUACAGUGGCCUGGGUCAUGGCUAUGGCUGCGGCUGGGAUGGCUAUGGUCAUGCCUGCUACCGUCCAUGCUGCUUUGGAAGAUACUGGUGUUCUGGCUUCUACUGA